UGCUUUAAGUCUAAUUAAUAGGGUGUGCUUGGUGAUCCCACUACAAACCAGAGCUGGAACUGUCUGUGGAAAAGUGGUUAUUACACAUCACACAGCCUGCCAGGGAAUACUUGGUUGUGCUGUAUUCUGUGUUCCUUGGCAUUUGUCUUGCAGUAGCAAAGAGAAAUUCUUAGCAGCUCCAUCCAGCAGCGUACCCUUUUUGCUGACUUUAAGCAGAUUGUAUUUGGUAUUAAUAGCUUAAAUUCAAUGAACUGAUUUGAGAGGAGGAGGGAAGGAAGGGUUAAAGGGCAAAACCUGUUUCCUGCAAACUAAUCCAAAGUAACUUGUGCAAGUUCUGGCUUCCUGAGGAGAUCUUUAUGUUAAAGCAGCAGUCGGAGGGUAGGGAGUGGUCAAUCCCUGUUCUGUAGGUAGGCUUGGGGCACUGCAAGCUGCUAGAACUCAAGCUGCUGUUCCUAUGUCAGUUCACUUGAGUGAGGUAAUCAAUCACAUUGUUCCAGAUCUGAAUUUUCUCAAAGAUGAGAAGAGAGAAGAUGGGAUAUGAAUAUCCACUGCUUUGAUGCUGCUUACACAGUUGCUGGAGGCUGAAUGUGUGUAACAAGUGUGCCAUUGUUUUCCACAUCAGCUAUAUCAAAACAUGUUCAAAAUCAUUUCAAAUUAUGGUUACCUCAUAAAAGUGCAGAAAAACUGGUGCCUGCAUGAGUUGAAGGCAGCAUUGUCAAAGCAAGGCUGUCAUUUCCUUGGACAGUGAGGCAGGAGCUGGGAUUCCCCCUCAGCCGUGCCUGGGGACUGUGUGAGGUGUGCUUUGAACUCGAGUGUGUCCCUGUGCCCCGGCAGGAGCUGUCUGCUCACCCUGGCUGAGACGUCUGUGUUCCAUCUGCACCCCUCUCACUGGUGGAUGUGCUGCUGCUGUGAUAUCAAACGUGGCAUCAAUCCAGAUGCAGAAAGGGAGUUAAGAGUUCCUAAUGUGGGCACCAGUGUUGACUUUCAGUUUGGUGUGGGUGGCAGAAGCAAUGAUAGAAGGAAAAUGCUUCCUUCUGUGAUGCUCAGUGUUCGAAGUUAUCACGAGAGCAGAAUUCAUCAGUCUUUAGGUUAUUGCUCCAAGACUUCAGUGUCAAAAAACCUGAUUCAAUUGUAUCAAAACUAAGGGAGGUUUUAAGGUAUGUGUGACUUGUGACUGAAAUAUUGGACAAAAUCUUCCAUAAUGUGAAAAAAUGGUGAAAAUACCUUCCAAUUAGUAACACUGGGAUUUAAAACAUCCAGUGACAAUGCUGAAGACCUUUUCACUUGCUCAGUGAUGGCACAAGUCUUAACCUUUCUUGAAAACUAAUACAUCUUUAAUAAAAUAAUUCAGGUGAAACUUGCUGUCUCCAGCAUUUUUCCCCUGAGAACGUGUUUUUGAGUCAUGCCCUGUGUUACACCGAGCAGCCAGACCCUAAGAAAGCCUGGACUCAAGGGAAAUCAGAGCAUGUUUGGGCUGGCAUGAGUUCUGUGUAGGGCACUGAGCAGUGGGAAAUGAUGAAGAUGAGCCCUGGAGCGAGGUUGCUGCACCUCUGUGACCCUUGGCCACCUCCUGGUUCACACUGCAGCCACCGGGCUCAGCGAUGGCAUCACCUGUGUGCUCUGGGAGCUGCACACCCGAGAUCUUUGGAACUGUGUGACUGGAGCUGCUGCCUGGCCCUGCCCAGAAGGCUGCAGGGAGCAGGUGUGCUGUGGGAGCCUUGGGCUGGGCUCACCCUUGCAGCCAUCAUUUCAUCUGCAGCCCCUCACAGACCAACCAGCCCAUGGAGCCCAGGGCCUUGACGCUAACAGCUGCUGCCUGUAAAGAAUUCGUAACUUAUUUUGGGCAGGCUUUUGUGGGAGCAACGACUCCCAGCCCUGUACUUGGGUGAAGCAGGAUGAUCAUUUGUGCUUACUCAGCUCAGCUGGUGCUGCAGGUACUAACACAGCCCCUUAACUCCCCGUUCAGUGGUGGGAGGUGCUGUGGGGUGGUGAGUGAGAUUCUUGGUUGCUGUGUUUGGAAAAUGGUUGGAGAUUCUGAAGAGAGGGAGUUUUAGUAGGGGUAGAAAAGGCAGGUCUCUGUGAAGAAAAGAGAUGUAAGCAACAGGAUCUAGAUCAGCUGGAGGCAGAAGUGGGGACAUGAAGGGAGAUCAUCUGCUCCAACAAAUCACAGGAACAUCUUCGAUCAUCCUGCCUGCCUCCAGAGCGAAGAGGGGCUCCCCUUGACUGCUGACUCUUCUGCCAGCCUGAGGGUUGUGUGAAGGAAAUGGGGCUCCAGAAAAUAAAUUGUAGAUGCUCAGGAAAAGGAGGAUUCUGUUAAAAGCCCAGACUGUGUAGAAAGACUGGCACGAAAAUACAUGCAGAAGUGCACAGUGGAGUCAAGCACGGAGUCUGAGUCUGAAGCCAGGGCAGAGGUUGUGCCUAGUCCACUUGCUGGAGGACUCAAGAAAGCGAAGGAAUCCAGAGGACUACAAUUUUUAGAUCCUUAUGACGGUGAUUCAGAAGAUGCAUCUGUUCACACUGACUGUGGUAUAAAAGAUACACCAUGGCCAAACAGUGCCUCAAAAGCAAUGCCUUUGGAGAAUGCUGACACUUCAGAGGAUGAACGAUCCUUCCCUAAUCCUCCAAAUGUCAGUGACAUUCAGGCAGUCAAUUACUGUAGAGAAGCCCUGGAGCUUCCUGGCCUCGAGCAGGAUCUGCUGCAAACCCCUGAGCCACCUCCAGCCACAGAAGCGUUUACCCCCGUGGGGCUGACACCUGACCACGCCUUACCGAUGGCUGUUAACCCUUCAUUCUCCGCGGAUCUCCCCGCAAUCCCGGCUGACACUGCUCCACAGCCCCUGUUCGCAGCUCCCUCUGAUGGCACAAUGGCCGAGCAGCCCAUAAUUAAAAGAAAACGAAGGAUUCCUGCUCCAGAGGAUGCUAGUGAAAAACUAAAGAGAAAGAAAUUCCGUGCAACUUAAUCUAAGGGAUGAAUAAAUAAUUGGACAAACUGUUCUGAAGGAUCAUUCUGGUAGAGAUUUCUUUUGCAGAGUACAGUGUACCUGAACUAAACAGGCUGCCCCAAGCCUGUUACAAAUGCACUGUGCUGUACAGUAAGCUCUGACAUCCACCUGAAAAACAGAGUCAAGCUGUCUGGCAAUUCCAGUGAAAAUUAGCAAAGGUACAUCCACAGCAUGACAGAUAAGCUUGGUGCCCAGGUCCUCUGGGAGCACCAGCCCCAGCUCCUGUGUGCAGUACCUGGAGGCAGCUGCUCAGUUUCAGUGUAAUUUCACCAACACUGACAAGGGUUUGUCGAGGAGGGAAAGGAGAACGACCCCUUGGCUGCAAUUGGCUUCCAACAGCUAUGGCUUGUCUGGCACCUGCUUCAUGUCAUGUUUGGCUCUUGCUGUAUCUGACCUCCUUCUAAGUGAUGAACGACACAGGUUUGACUACCAACAUCUGAACUGACUGCAAGUGCCACAAUCCAGCAUUUAUCUUCUUCAAAGGGGGAGAAAUUGUCUAGUUGCUGUUAACACAGCUGUCCCACAGCUGCUCCUACCUCGUUUGACCAAUGUUUUGGGCAGUUUCUGUGUAGCUGCCAGAUCAGUGUUUACAAUGUGAUGUGGAACAUUAGCUCAGAGCUUCUUAGUGAAAGCAAUUGUUCAGGAGCUGCAGGAGUGGCGCCCAAAGAUGGGAGGCCAGUCAGGGAGCAAGACCUAUCUCUGAUCUCCCUCUCCUAUAUAGUAAUUGCUUUAAUCAGGUUUAGAAUCUGGGUAGUCCAUUUGUGUGGGAGGGGAACUACUAACUGUGAAAGUAUAAUGAUGGCUUGAAAGAUGUUAGUACCAGCAACUUGCUAGAACAUUUGUUCUGUACAACAGGCAGAGAAUUUUAGUUUCCAGUUUCUUUUGUAAGACGGAAAGCCACUCAAAAUAUUAUUUAACUGCUAGCAUUGCACCCUUCCACCUGUGUAUUUAUUUCAUUAAAGCAACUUUACUUUCAUCCUUAUUCCACAGUUGGAAAUGUUUUUUAAUCAGCUUGGAACAUAAGUGGUUUAACAGUAAGUUUCAGAGGCCUUUGCCCUGAGACAGAAGGCAGUGUGGUUGCCCCUUGACUUGUCCAGAGGCAAAGACUGCUGCAUGAAAACUGUGAAGUUAAUUGAAAAAAUCCCAAACAAGCCAACAACCAAUUGCAGCUAUAGAUUUGUGUGUACUACAACUAGGCUACAGCUCUCUCUGGAAUGAAGACUUGUGCAAAGCUUAAGACUACAACGCUGUCAUGCAGAGAAGCCCCUCAUUUGAAAUCCUAGCUGUUCAACACUCUAGCUCUCAGCCCCAUCAGCUAAAUAAAACUGAACCCUCUGACCUUCAAACUGCUGCCAAAAAUUCUAAAUCUACCUCAAGAGGAUUUCACUUAAAGUAGUUGUUUCACACAGGAAAAAACAUGAUAGGAGAUAACUAAGUGGAAGGGUAUGCAACAUGGGACAGUAUCUACUGAGUGGAGUAUGUUUAUUCAGUAUGAGAAUCCAGCUGUGGAUUAACUUGUGAAGUGGAACUGCAUCUUUUGUUAAUUCAGGCUAAAUGCAGAAGUUAACAUAAAAGAGCUGAAGAGUUUGGGAAGCUCAAGGUCUUGGAUACUUGAGACUCUUGAUUGCAUCAGCAUUUGCUGAUAGGUGGAAGUGGUUCAGGCAGAGUUUAAUAGUAGGUGUAAGUGGAACCACAGCCCAGGUCUAUGAGCUGUGCACAAAUAGCAGUUGCUGAGAGGAAGGUGCAAGCUAAUACUUCAUACUGCAGCUGGUACCCAGAGCACACUGCUAGCAGGAGGUGCUUUUUUUCUGUACAAUGUAAUUGAAAAGAUGAUGGAGGCAGUGAUAGCAGUUCCAAACAUAAUCUGGUACUGGAGAGCAAAGUCUCUCAUAGAGGCUGAAACAUAGCAAAGGCAUUAUAAUUACAACUCAUCUUGGAUCUUGAUGCAUGUAGUUCUCAUCUCUGAUACAACUGGGUAAGAACUGCACAAAGAUUUCAUAAUUCACUGUUCUGGGAUUCACACUUUUUAAGGUAACAAAACCAGCCAUGACAGUUCAAUCUUAGAGAUUAACUUUGCAAAACAGUAGGGAGAGGGCAGACAGCAUAAUUCCGUUUUAGUAAACAGCAAGCAUUGACCAAAACAAGUAUGGGAGGCAGCCUGAGAUAGCAAUUUUUCCUCCCAGUACAGGCUUGUAUUGUAGAACCCCUUAUCACAGAAAAAUACUAGAGCUGAUGAAAGUCACUGCUUUCACAGGAGCAAUCACUGAAGGAAGGGGCUCCCAAGAUUUCAGUUUUGAGGUCAGAAAGCUGUGUACCCACAUUCUUCAUACACAUCUUUGAACACUUGACUUUAGCCAUGGUCAUAGAGGACAGCUGUUUUGAGAGGAUGGUCAGAAAGGUAGAAAUGCUUAGUCAGUGAAUUCAGGAUCAGAGAAAGCAAGAAAAUGCCCAAACAAGCAGCAACUCUCAGCUUCCCUAAUUUAAUAAUAGUUGGUCACAUGUGAGAGUCUCAAAUAAUAUUAGUGAGACUCUCAAAUAAUAUUGUAACUCCUUGUGUGAGCAUUUAAUAGCCUCCUCUUGGGUUACUGAAACAUGAAUCUGAAGAUGUAUUUCACCAAAAAAGCACUUUGAGAAAGGAAGCUCUGUGGUCAAUAGGACAAGAACGUUUAGUUGAGGAUGCUCCAGCUUCUCAGUGCAUUGUAGCAGCUUACUUCAAAUAAGAUCCAGUCCCUUGCAAGUAAUUAAUGCAAUGGCCUGAAUUAUCUCAGCAGGUGUCAGGCUUUGUGUCUUACUGCACCACAGACUUACAUUCCAAGGUUCCUGUUAGUGGAGGUUAGCUUGAAGAGCAAUCCAUAGUUAUUCUCUGAAAAGAUCACAGGUAUAGGUUUUCCAGACCAAAACCAUCACUAAGAAUUAGGUUAACAGAAAUAGACAGUCAAAAUUUUUGCUAUAUAUUUUAUUUAAUAUAACAUAAUCCAUCAAAUAUCAUAUCUACCAAUAACCCCUAAAAAUCUUAUUCAAUUUUCCUUCAAAGAAAAUCUCUCUGGCCUAUCAGCUUCCCAAUGCACCAUCGCCUUUCCAGCCAACU